AUGUCUCUUUCAUUGACCCAGCAUCCAUCUAUCUAUAUUUAUCUAUCUAUUAUCUAUCUCAUCUUAUCUUAUGAAAAAAUUAUCCAUCUAUACAUCUAUAUAUCCCAUAAGUUCACAUUCAUCUAUCAUCUCAUCUAUAUCUAUCUAUCUAUCUAUAUAUCUAUCGUCUUCUUUCGAAUCUAUCUAUCUAUCUAUCUCCGUAUCUUAUUUAUCUAUCUAUCUCACAUACCAAAUUCAUCUAUCUAUCUAUCUAUCUAUCUAUCUAUCAUUAUACCGUUCAUAUCUAUCUAUCUAUCUAUCUAUCUAUCUCACAUGCCAUUCAUAUUUGAAAACAAUCUAUUAUCUAUCUAUCUAUCUAUUUAUCUAUUUCAAUGCCGUUCAUAUUCUAUCUAUCUAUAUAUUCUAUCUAUCUAUAUAUCUAUCUAUUUAUUUAUCUAUCAUACUGUUUAUAAUAUCUAUCUAUAUCUAUCUAUCUAUCUAUCUAUCUAUCUAUCUCACAUACCGUUCAUAUCUAUCUAUCUAUUUAUCUAUCUAUCUAUCUCUGAAAUAUACAUCUUAUCUAUCUAUCUAUCUAUCUAUCUAUCUAUCUAUCUAUCUAUCUAUCUAUCUAUAAGUCUGUUUCUAUCUAUCUAUCCAUGUUCAUUAUCUAUUCAUCCAUCUAUCUAUCUAUCUAAGAUUGUUAUACAUCUAUCUGAACAUCUAUCUAUCUAUGAUCUUUCUAUCUAUAUAUCUAUCUAUCUAUAUAUCUAUCUAUCUACAAAGAAUUAUCUAUCUCAAAUGUUUCUGAUAUAUCUAUCCAUCUAUCUAUAUCCAUCUAUCUAUCAUUCAAAAUUUCUAUCUAUCUAUCUAUCUAUCCAUAAGAUUGUUGAUUAUCUAUUCUAUCUAUCAUCUAUCUAUCUAUCUAUCUAUCUAUCUAUUGUAUCUAUCUAUCUAUCAUAUCUAUCUAUCUAUCUAAAGAAUCUAUCAAAUCUAUUCUAUCUAUCUAUCUAUCUAAGAGUCUGUUUACAUCCCUGA